AUGAAAAGAUACAACUUAAAAUAUUGUUGUGACGACGUUAGUGUUUUUCCCAGUAGUACCUUAUUAAACCAUGACAAUAAUAAAUUCAGUGAAUUUUUUGGAUUAACGGCUAUUUCAACGUACCAACUCAAAAAUAAAGAACCGAAUGAAGAACCAAAAAAAAAAGGAAAAAUCUAUUUAUUCGAACUUAAACAAAAUAUAAAAGAUGAUGAUAAUAAUAAUAGUGAAAUAGAUUACCAUUUAGAAUAUAAAAAGAACAUCAAUUUUCAUAAUGGAGUUCUUCAAUCGAAUUAUAUAUUUACUAAUGAUAAACUAUAUUUGGGAAGUGUAUGUGUAAAUGGUUUUUAUUUAUCUGACCUUAAAGGAGGGACGUACGAAAAAUUGUUUGAAACGUCUAAAGAAAAAGACAACUCUGGGUUAUCAUUUGAAGCCUUUGACAAUAAGCCUGAAAAAAUAUGUAUAUCUUUCAGUAAUGGAGAUAUGUGUUUGCUGGUCCACGGUCAACAAGAAAAAACAUGGAAAGCACAUGAAUAUCAUAUAUGGAGUUGUACAUUCAAUGGAAACGAAAAUGUAAUAACAACGGGCUCGGAUGAUUGUUCUUUUGUUAUAUGGGAUUUAAGAACUACCACUAUUUCGCAGAAAAAUAAAAAAUCGCACACUCAAGGAAUAACAGCAGUGAAAUUUGAAAAAUUCAGCGAGCUAUUAUAUACAGCAUCGUAUGACAAUAAUAUACGCAUUUUUGAUUUACGAAAUAUUCAUCAGCCAAUACAAACAAUUGACGUAAACUCAAGCAUAUGGAGGAUGAAAUUUUUAUACAAAAAUAAUUGCGUGGACAAUUUGCUCGUGGCUGCCUGUGAUGGAGGGGCAAAGAUAUUUAAAAAAUCAAACAAUGAUUUCAUUUAUGAUAAAGGUAUUUUCAACAAUAACGAAUUAACAUAUGGAAUUGAUGUUAUUGAUAUGUUAAGGCCAAAAAAUGAAAAAAAAAAAAUUUAUCUAUCUUGUUCAUUUUAUAACAAGGAAGUUCAAUUGUGGGAUUAA